AUGGCCAAAUUGAAUGGUCAAGGAAGACAAACUCUUGUGAGUAAAGAUAUCAACGGUGCUAACCUCAUCCAGGCUCCAAAUGGGUUAACAAUUGAUUAUACCGCCGAUAGGCUGUAUUGGAUUGACCAGCACUUGAAGAAUAUUAUGUCCUUGAAUUUGAACGAUUUGAACUUUAUAAUCAGUAUAGUAUUGACGGACACCAGUUUUGUUUUCCCAUUCGACAUUACCAUGGAUCAGAACUACUUUUUUGUAAGCGACCUUAACAGUGGAAUGUUGAAAGUAAUAGAUAAAACAAAUCCCAUAAAUUCAAAGUCAAUAUUGACUGUCUUUCCAACUGUACCCGUGGGAAUCACGUUUUAUUCUUCACAAAGACAAACUGCCGGAACAAGUUCGUGUUCUGUUGACAAUGGCUUGUGUGACCAAUUGUGCGUUAGUGAUCCAACUGGCCAUACUUGUCUAUGUACGCAUGGCUUUGUCCUGGGUGCUGAUGGUACUACAUGUAAUAUAGGCAUGGCACUUGAUUGGCUAUCAGAAAAUCUGUACUUCACUGAGACUGCUCGGAUCUCCGUUUGUAAAAUUGAUGGCAGAUUUGUCACAGCACUUGUUACUGAGUCUAUAGAUCAGCCCAAAGGAAUUGCAAUACACCCUUACAAACAGUAUAUAUUUUGGAGUGACAGUGGUAGAAUAGAAAGGUCAAGUUUAUCGGGACACCAGCGAAGAAACGUGGUAAUUGGAAUUGAUUUGAUUCCCACAGCUUUGACAAUCGACAUCAACGGAGAUAGGUUGUAUUACGUGGAGUCCCAGGUUUUCACGAUUGCCACAGUUGACCUGAAUGGCAACGGUAGACUAACUGUCUUCGAAGCUAACAGCGAUGUGACUGGACUCGCUGUAUUCCAGGACCACAUUUACUGGACACAGCCUGCACACAACGCGAUAGCACAGGUAGACAUUUCAAGUGACAGUUUCAAUUUUGUGAGAGCUAUUUUUGUGACGAACCCGCCAUCAGCCAUCUUUGUAUAUGACAAAACAAAGCAGACGAUGUCCCCUGGACCAUGUGAUCUAAAUAAUGGAGGAUGUGACGAAAUUUGCAUUCCAAGUGCUAGUGGACCUGAGUGUAUGUGUACUGAACCAAUUGUUGCAUGCACACAAGUUUUCCGUUGUCCACUGAAUAUCAAGCAUGGAUCAAUAUCUGACACAUGUGACAAUACAUUGGGCAGUAUAUGUAGCUACCAGUGUGAACAUGGAUACACGGCAACCUUGGCCAGUGAUUUGCUUUGCCUUGAUAACGGGGAAUGGAACACUGAUACAGAUAUACUAUGUUAUGUAGUACCGUAUGAUAUAGCACUGGAUUUGGUAGAUCAAUAUUUGUAUUGGUCAGACGCAGACACGGAUCGCAUCUACAGAUCUAACUUGGAUGGUUCCUCAAUGGUGACAAUUAUCGACCUUGACUUAGACAAGCCGCGAGAGAUUGCUUUGGAUCCCGUGAAAAGACUCAUGUUCUGGUCUGACUGGGGUGAUGUAGCAAAGAUUGAGCAAGCUAAUUUGGAUGGUAGUGCUAGAAUUAUUUUGGUUUCUAACAAUCUCGUGUGGCCGAACAGCUUGGCAAUUGAUUUUACAACCGAUCAACUUUAUUGGUGCGAUGCUUCGUUGGACAAAAUUGAAUACUACAAUUUCAACACUGGAACUCGGCAUCUAUUGUUAAAUAUCAGUGGUUCUCACCCUUUUGGUAUGGCUAUAGACGAUCAGUAUGUGUACUGGACGGACUGGAAUAAACACCAGCUGCAGAGAGUAGAUAAGCAAACUGGCAUCAAUCCCGAAGGUGUUGGUUAUGCAAUUUUUCAAAGAGCGAUGGGUAUCCAUUUACACCUAGCCUAUAUUGAAACAACCACCAGUAGUUUACUCAAACAAACGUCUACGAACAUCCAGGUUACCACAGUGACCAACAGUCAAACAAUUUUAGUAAAAGACAACUUAAGCACUACCGUAUCCAAUAAUUUGGGAACUAAAUCGGAGCAGAGCGUGGACGUAGUGACAGCGGCCGGGGCGUCUGGGGCUACUGUAAUUAUUAUUGCAACAGUUGUUAUUUUCCUUAUUGUAUAUUACAAACGACGACGUGCUCCACGUGAUGAUGGGUUUGAUCGUAAUAUUAUAGAAUUUAAUGUUCACGAUGAUUCUGCACGACCAACAGCACCGCCAGCACCGGAAACAGAACCGGAACCGACAAAUGCAGCAAAUCACACAUACGCAACUUUAAUAUCCGCAUCGGUAACUGAGUUUCCGGAAACACACUACCAUAAUAUCGACCCCUAG